AUGCCUUGUUUUUGCACAGGUUGCCAUGCAAGCUUGUAUCAUGACAAUACCAACAACUGGUACAAUAAUCAUCUACUGCCGUAUCAAGGACCCCCUCAAAAUCCUGUUAAUUACAAUCCUCAAAAUCAAAAUCCUAUCUUUCAUGAUCAGGAAGCCAUGGUUACCAAUGAAAUUGAUUCUUGGUUGCUGCUAAAUCCUGCAGAUCAAAACUUUAACCAGUACCAGGGUCAGUUUAAUCCUCAGGCCUGUAUGCAACAGGUAAAUCACCAUGGAUGUUAUGGUGACCAACAACAACAACAACAACAGAUGCAUGAUUUUUCAAAAGUGGAUUUGGAUAACACUCCUGCAAGCUUUUUUAAUGCAUCCCUCCCUGCCAUUGUACCAGAGAUGACACCUGGCAGCUACUCAAACACCACGGAUUGGUCGAGAGUAGAUGAAUUCUCUUCUCUGCUCUUUCACCCUGGAAAUCUAAUAGAGGACGCAGUUGGAAGCAAUUCAAACUCAACUAGCUUAUCAUCAGAAGGAAAACAAAAACUAGAUGCGUCAGACAAGCCAUUUAAAUUUCCUCCUAUGAGCAGGAAAGAUAGAGUCCAAAGACUCGGCCUCGAAUACGGGGGAGGUUUGCAAGAAGGUCUCAAGCGGAUGCACAGUGAGAUUUUGCUGAUGCGAAAGACAGCUGUUCAAGUGGACUGCUGUUAA